UCUCCUCCUCUCUAUAUGUAGUCUCUCUCUACUCUCUCACUGUACUCCUCUCUCUCUCUCUCAUCACCGCCACAACCACCGCAAACCACAUCCCACGAAAUGCAGUACAGGAAUCUGGGCCGAUCAGGGCUCAAAGUGAGCCAACUCUCAUACGGCGCAUGGGUCAGCUUCGGGAACCAGCUUGAUGUGAAGGAAGCCAAGUCCCUCCUCCAAUGCUGCAGAGACAACGGCGUCAAUUUCUUCGACAACGCCGAGGUCUACGCCAACGGCCGAGCCGAGGAGAUCAUGGGUCAGGCGAUUCGCGAACUGGGUUGGAAGCGAUCCGACAUCGUCGUGUCCACCAAGAUCUUCUGGGGCGGGUCUGGACCCAACGACAAAGGCUUGUCCAGAAAACACAUCAUCGAAGGCACCAAAGCCUCGCUCAAGAGACUUGAGAUGGACUAUGUGGAUGUGAUCUAUUGUCAUCGUCCUGAUUCGUCGACGCCGAUCGAAGAGACAGUGAGGGCAAUGAACUAUGUGAUCGAUAAUGGGUGGGCGUUUUAUUGGGGGACUAGUGAGUGGUCUGCUCAGCAGAUUACGGAGGCUUGGGGGAUUGCGGAGCGGUUGGAUCUUGUUGGGCCGAUUGUGGAGCAGCCUGAAUAUAAUUUGCUGUCGAGGCAUAAGGUUGAGUCUGAGUACCUCCCUCUGUACACUAACUAUGGUCUAGGUCUUACCACUUGGAGUCCACUUGCAUCAGGAGUUUUGACUGGAAAAUAUAACUCUGGAACCAUUCCACCUGAUAGUCGGUUUGCAUUGGAAAAUUACAAGAAUCUUGCUAGCAGAUCGUUGGUGGAGGAUGUGCUGAAAAAGGUUAAUGGAUUGAAACCAAUUGCAGACGAACUAGGCGUGCCUUUAUCUCAACUUGCAAUCGCGUGGUGUGCUACAAACCCUAAUGUCUCAUCCGUUAUUACUGGUGCUACAAAAGAGUCUCAGAUUCAGGAGAACAUGAAGGCCGUUGAUGUCAUCCCAUUACUAACACCUAUGGUACUGGAGAAGAUUGAGGCUGUUGUUCAAAGCAAGCCAAAGCGUGCAGAUUCAUAUAGGUGAACGUAGAAUUUGUUGCAUCUCCUUGUGUUUUUAUCUGUAGUAGUACUCUAAAAACUUUGCAUUGGUUUUCCAUUUCCGAAGUGUGUAGAGAACACACUUCAUUUGUUACAGAUGGUGUUGCCUGAUGGUAUCUUUUGCGUCCGCCUUUUGGACCUUUUAAUUUCUCAAGUGAUUGAACAGAUAUUGGUUGCAGUGUUUCAUUAUAUUUUGCAUCGCGGACCUUUUAAUUUCUCAAGUGAUUGAACGGAUAUUGGAUGCAGUAUUUCAUUAUAUUUUGCAUUUGAAUAGAUGUAAAAGUACUGUCUGGGUGUA